AUGGCCGUUCGACACGAAAGUGGUGGUGGUGAUCGUAAUGCUGAUCAUGAUCAUUCUGGCCUCCACCUUCUUUGUGUACAAGACGCCUAAGCACCAACGUCAGAGCAGCUGUCCAACCGCCGACUGCGAGCACCAUCGGAAUCACAUAGAGGACCAGCUCGACAAAGAUGUCAACCCUUGCGACGACUUCUCUGCUCAUGUGUGUGGACGCUGGAGGCCCCGCGAGGGGUUCCUGCUGUCACGCUCGCAGCUUUCUGAUAUGUUCCUGUCGUGGUUAUACAAACUUCCUGUGACACUGAAGAAAGGUGUUAUUCACUUCCCCGUGGGCAAGAAAGUCACUGCUAUGUUCAACAGCUGCAUACGGCGGACGGGAUCACACGUUCCCAUCAUGAAAGACUUCAUGCACGCACAUGGCAUUUUUUGGCCCGAAGAACCAGACAAACCAGUCGUUCCGGCGAAGACCCUCUUCGACCUUUCCUUUAACUGGAACGCGCAUCUCUGGUUCAGUGUGAAAAUACUUCCCACCAUUCCAAAUAAAACGCCAAGACGUAUCUUCUUUGAGCCGAACGAGAUUAUGCUGCUUUGGAAAGAUGUAAUUAAGCAGAUACCGGAGGCACACUUCCAUGAUGUCUUCAACGGUCUUUACCAAAUAUUUUCCCAGAAAACGAAUGACACUCCCGAAGUCGAGAAAAUUUCACAGACAUACAAAAUGCUUGUAGACGUCUUUGACACCUUGGUACCGUCGUGCCCUUGCAAAGCACCCAUUCCGAAACUGUUCGCCUUGAGAGAUAUUGACUCCAUUUCUCCGUUUCCCCUUGGAAUCAAUUGGUGAACAUGCUCAAUGCUGUGAUGGGAAUCGAUCCGCCAGUCACAAUGGAUGACCUAGUUCUUGUGAGCGACCUGUCUCACUUUAUAAAUACAUUGAACCUAAUCAAGAAAGUUGACGCCAAGGCACUGCUGCGCCACCUGUCGUGGCUGUUUGCCCAGGUUUAUGCCCCAGUGGCCGAUCCCACGGCCGCUCUGCUCGUCUUCUACGGCAGUGAGCAUCGUGGAAAAAACGAGCGGCCCCGUUUCUGUGCUGGUCAGGUGGAGCCGAGCUACAAGCUCCUUGUCGCCGCUAUGGCCACCGUAGUCCACUUCUCAAAAAACCAGCGGCGGCACAUGAACGAGCACCUGGACGCUAUCGUGCAGGUUGCCGCGGAGAAAACGGGGCGUUCGUGGCUCGACAACGCAACCAAACAAGUUGCCGUAGAAAAGCUUAAUAAUGUCCACACCGUCCUGUGGCCUUCCGACCGUUUUCUGACCCCGGAGGCACUCGAAGAAGUGUACAAAAACUUCACUAACCACGCCCCAUCGUUUACAAAGUUCUGGAUCGAGACGCGUCGCAGCCAACGCCUGCUGUUCGGCUCCCAGGCGGCCGCAGAGGAACUGCUCCUGGGUGACAACACUCACCUGCCGUACGUGGAUUACGUACACCACCUCAACCGACUGUCCCUUUCCCUCGGAGCACUAGCACCGCCUCUCUACUAUGCGGAGGGCACCAAGGCCAUGUUGUACGGCGGCGUCUUGUAUCUGUACGCUAAGGCGCUCUUGAGUGCCAUUGACGAUGUGGGAAUUAAGAUCAAUGCACGAGGCGAGUUCGUGCAGACUUGGUUGAGCGACGACGUUAAGGACACCUACCAUCAGCGCACACAAGGCUGCCUGCCCGGGAACGUCAGCAUCUUCCCCGAGGUUCCGGCGAUGGAAGUGGCUUACGAAGCUUUCAGGCGAAGCGUUGGAGAAAAUGGCACACAACUAUCAGAGGAUUUGACAGAAGAGAAAGUGUUUUUCAUCACCGCCUGUCUUGCCACCUGCGCUUUGACUCCCGCUGACAACGUCUACGGCGGCGACUGCAACAAGGCUGUGAUGAACUUCGCACCAUUCGCCAGAGCCUUCGGUUGUCCCCUGGGCUCUAAGAUGAACCCGGCGACCAAGUGCUCUUUCUACGACUGAUUUUGUCACCUUCACAUUCUCCGCCUAUAUUUUUUUGCGUGGCUGUUGCCCCACUACUCUGGAGUCUUUUUUUUUUCUGUGUGUCUCUGCCUGUGUAGCUUCUGUGUGUCUAUGACCGUGUAGGUUCUGAGCACGUUGCUUAGAGUGGUCCAACGUUUUCUUGGCCUACUGCUUGAUUUACGUACUGUUUCCCGUGCCUAAGUUCUUGCUAGAGCCAUCGUUCAUCGUUCCGUUUUGGCUCACUGUGUUUAAGUGCUUGAGCUUUUCGACAUCUUGUGCAUUGAGUGCGAACUGUAGUUCAAACAUUGGCGAUGUUCACUGAUCAAUUGAUUCAUCUCUUCUCAAUCCGCUUUUGUAGGUGACUAUUCAAGGUGUAUGUAGAUUUCAGAGUUUUUUUAUUUUUAUUUUUCCCAGAAGUGGAUUCGUAUCUGCCUUUUAUCAAAUGCAUAUUAAACUUCUGUUAUAUAAUUAGCUUAGAAAUUUGCUUGCGAAUUGUACAUAACUUAUUUUCGCUCGUGAUGUUCUCAGUAACGCUACGGUAUUUAACUUUACAGCAAUCUUUUUCGGACUUAUAGGUGCUAUAUUUCGCCCCUCCGCCUUCCUUCUUUAACGUAAGUUUCUGGUUGAAACUGUUCUGAAGGUUGAGUUUUAGAAAGGAACUUUUAAUAUGUUUUUGAAGGACUGCGGCAGCCUGUGUUCAAAAGAAAAGGUUUUCUGGUGCGACGUAGCGGCAGUACACCACAAUGAGAUCUUCAAACCGAGGAAGAUAACGACAAACCCUGCUUUGCGGACUUGUCAUACGAGUGCUGCCUCUCUAGAAAUCGUGUUCGAGACCUGAAGUCGUGGUUAUAACGGCACAAUUUUCAUUCAGAAUGAACUGAAGCGCUGGCAUUCUUACUUAGCCAGGAAUACUUACAAAGUGCACGACGAAUUGCUUACAUUUCUACACUCAUACGUGCGCAUUCUUUGACGUAGGUACAUGACAAUAUUAUAUAGCAACGAUCUAUAUGGCCACGACAUGACAGUUUCCAAGUAUGAAAGCUUCCGCCGUGAACCUGGGAACCUCCAUAACACUGAUCGUUAAGUGAGCUUUAGCUGUUGACCGAAAGUGACAUAUUUCUAAAAGCCUCACAAAAACAUUUAGCGCGCACACAUCUUUUUUGGUACUGUUCGCGCUAGUUUCUCAAGCUGCUGAAUAGGCUCGCUGUUUUCUUACUGAAAGUAUUAGCAUGAGUACAGGUGGAGUUUAACUGCACAAAACAAAUUACAUGAAAUUAUGCCAUUGUGUUCCUUCAUUGGACCGCUGCGCAAGUGUCACGAGUGCAACGGCGUGCUGAUUGCAGUGUGCAUUUCGCUAGCGUUAAAAUAUUUUCUGUUUUUAUGAUCGCUAAAGG